AUGUCAGAAUUUUUUGAUGUCUCAGUAUUGAUGAAUACUUUAAAAGUAAAAAGUUUCAUUGAUAAUAUAGUUACAGGUACUUUUGAUGUAAAGGUUACAGUUCACAGACAAUAUCAAGUGACAAAGGAAGAAACGAUAAUGCAUUCACUAUUGAAAUUCAAUAAUGAACGAUCUUCGAGGAUCAAUGUACCAUUCACAGCACCACUUACCGAUGACACUGUAAUUAGAGUUAAAGUCAAUCAAUCCACUGAGUACAAUCAACAUGAAAUCGGAUUGAGUAUGGUCGGUGGACACCCAACACUGGUUCGUCACUACGAGCAAGAGAUCGAAUUUGAACACCCCGGAUAUAGAUUCUACAACUACUCAGAUAAAGAGAACAACCACAAUACUGAGUGGCCAGCGAUCGAUAGCUAUUCAAUUGAUAGUCUGACUACACACUACUUUGUUCCUCAGACCUCAAGUUACAUUGGGGACAAUAGAAGAUCCUAUAGUUUUUAUACUUCAAGAGAAGUUAAGAAUUUAGAACAAUUUGCAGAUAUAAUAUGCAAUACAGCUUUGAAAAUGAAUGCCUUCUACAUUAUCAUGUACUAUACCGAUCAGGAUAACAAAGACUACCCGAUUAGAGUGUAUAGAGAUGAGAUUUCAGAUUUCGAUACACACGAACUAUUAGAAAGCAUUAGACUAGGUUAUCAACAUUGGAGACAUUUGGCUUAUAAUAGAUCGUCUUUGGAAGUGACAAAGAUGAAACAAGUGUUAGACCUUACUAGAUUUAGAGUUAUCUCCCCUCAAAGUGAUCCUGUAUAUGAUGACAACGAGUAUGACAAUAAUUUUAACGACGAUGAUGACGACAUCUAUGACAAUGAUUUUAACAACGAUGACGACACCUAUGACUACGAUUAUGACCUCACUAUAGACUUGGGUGGUGGCAACACUUAUACCCACACUUAUACCUACACUUAUCAAUUGAGUACAAUGACCAUUCAAUCAGUCACACUUAAACAACCCCACGAUUAA